AUGCUGGUUGUGAAGGAAUCCUUUCUAGUUUCAGGUAUGAAACAGAUUUUCACGCAAGAAUCAGAUGCUUCAAAUUUCCUCAAGAGGCGUGGCAAGCAGUCUCCCAAAUCCCAAGACGAGGUCAAUGUGGAAAACAGGCAGAAACUGCAGGCUGAUGAGCUGAGGAGAGAAUAUUAUGGGGAGCAAAGGAAUGAAUUUGAGAACUUUGUGGAGGAACAAAAAGAUAAGCAGGAAAGGAGCCAGGAGGCAGUGGAACAGUGGCGGCAGUAG